AUGGGCACGCUAGCUAAUGAACAGCGGGGGCACUGGUUAUGCAGACGCACAAGUACAGACACUAGGUACCAAGCGCUAGUGUGGGAUGCCGUGAACGAAGGCGAGGGCAUUGAGUGCCAUGGGCAAGGGCAAGGGCACCAAGCAUCGAGAGUGAGGGCGAAGGUGAGGGCAUUGCAGGAAAGGGUG